UCGGGCCGAGCCGCGCCCGCCCGCUCGGCCUCGCCUCCGGCCGCUCCCUCCGCCUCCGCCUCCUCCCCGCCCCGAGCCCGAGCCCGAGCCCCGUCCGCCCGGGCGUCUUUCCUUCCCCGGCCGUGCAUGAUGGAAACACCAUGGCUGCGGCGGCCCAGCUCUCCCUGACACAGUUAUCAAGUGGGAAUCCUGUAUAUGAAAAAUACUAUAGACAGGUGGAUACAAGCAAUACUGGAAGGGUAUUGGCCUCUGAUGCUGCUGCUUUCCUGAAAAAAUCAGGACUUCCAGACUUGGUACUUGGAAAGAUUUGGGAUUUAGCUGACACAGAUGGCAAAGGUAUCCUGAACAAACAAGAAUUUUUUGUUGCUCUACGUCUUGUAGCAUGUGCCCAGAAUGGAUUUGAGGUUUCAUUGAAUAGCUUAAACUUGGCUGUUCCUCCACCACGAUUUCAUGAUACCAGUAGUCCUUUGCUAAUCACUGGAACAGCUACAGCUGAUCUCCCAUGGGCUGUAAAGUCUGAAGAUAAGGCCAAAUAUGAUGCAAUUUUUGAUAGUCUGAAUCCAGAGAAUGGGUUUCUGUCCGGUGAUAAAGUGAAGCCAGUGUUGCUUAACUCUAAGUUACCUGUGGAUAUCCUUGGAAGAGUUUGGGAAUUGAGUGAUAUUGACCACGAUGGAAUGCUUGAUAGAGAUGAGUUUGCAGUUGCCAUGUUUCUGGUAUACUGUGCACUGGAAAAGGAACCUGUGCCAAUGUCCUUGCCUCCAGCUGUGGUGCCACCUUCUAAGAGAAAAACGUGGGUUGUAUCCCCUGCAGAAAAAACUAAAUACGAUGAAAUCUUCAUGAAAACUGAUACAGAUAUGGACGGCUUUGUGUCUGGAUUGGAAGUUCGUGAGAUUUUUCUGAAGACAGGUUUACCUUCUACCUUGUUAGCCCAUAUUUGGGCAUUAUGUGACACAAAGGAUUGUGGAAAACUUUCAAAGGAUCAGUUUGCCUUGGCUUUUCAUUUAAUCAAUCAAAAGUUAAAAAAAGGUAUUGAUCCUCCUCACGUUCUUACUCCUGAGAUGAUCCCACCAUCAGAUAGGGCCAGUUUACAAAAGAGUGUCAUAGGACCAAGUCCUGUCGCAGACUUCUCUGCUAUUAAGGAGCUAGAUACUCUUAACAAUGAAAUAGUUGACCUACAGAGGGAAAAGAAUAAUGUGGAACAGGACCUUAAAGAGAAAGAAGAUACUAUUAAACAGAGGACAAGUGAGGUUCAGGAUCUUCAAGAUGAAGUUGAAAGGGAAAAUACCAAUCUUCAAAAACUACAGGCCCAGAAACAACAAGUACAGGAACUCCUUGAUGGGCUGGACGAGCAAAAAGCCCAGUUGGAAGAGCAACUCAAAGAAGUUAGAAAGAAAUGUGCCGAGGAGGCCCAGCUGAUCUCAUCCCUGAAAGCUGAAAUAACCAGUCAAGAAUCACAAAUUUCUACUUAUGAAGAAGAACUGGCCAAAGCUAGGGAAGAACUGAGUCGUCUACAGCAAGAAACAGCAGAAUUAGAGGAGAGUGUGGAGUCAGGGAAGGCUCAACUGGUACCUCUUCAGCAGCAACUGCAAGAUUCACAACAGGAAAUUAGUUCCAUGCAAAUGAAACUCAUGGAAAUGAAAGACCUAGAAAACCACAAUGCUCAAUUAAACUGGUGUAGUAGUCCGCACAGCAUUCUUGUAAAUGGUGCUGUGGAUUAUUGUAGCCUCAGCACCAGCAGCAGUGAAGCAGCCAACCUUAAUGAGCAUGCGGAAAACCAGAGCACCUUCGACACUGAACCCAUACAGCAGGAGUCUCCAGCAAGAAAUAGUCCCGAAAUACCGCCUAUUGGGGUGACCGAUGAAAAUGAAGUGAUGACGGAAGCUGUUAAUGAAAACAUUUGUCCUGAUUUUAACAAUGAAAGACAGUCAAAAGAGGACGAUCCAUUUAAUGUAGAAUCAAGUUCACUGACUGAUCCAGUUGCUGAUUCAAACUUGGAUUUUUUUCAGUCUGAUCCUUUUGUUGGCAGUGAUCCUUUUAAGGAUGAUCCUUUUGGGAAAAUCGAUCCAUUUGGAGGUGAUCCUUUCAAGGGUUCAGAUCCAUUUGCAUCUGACUGUUUCUUCAAGCAGUCUUCUACAGAUCCUUUUGCCACUUCAAGUUCUGACCCUUUCAGUGCAGCCAGCAGUAGCAGUACUACUUCGGCAGAAACAUUGAAGCACAAUGAUCCUUUUGCUCCUGGUGGAACAGUUGUUGUUGCAGCUAGAGAUUCAGCCACAGAUCCCUUUGCUUCUGUUUUUGGAAAUGAAUCAUUUGAAGAAGGAUUUGCUGACUUCAGCACAUUGUCAAAGGUCAACAAUGAAGAUCCUUUUAGUUCAGCUACAUCGGGCUCUGUCGGCAGUGUGGUCAUUACAAAGAAUGUGCUUGAUGAAACGUCAGUUAAAAAUGAAGAUGUACCCCCUGCCCUGCCACCAAAGACGGGAACUCCAACAAGACCCUGCCCACCACCACCUGGGAAAAGAUCCAUCAACAAAUUGGAUUCUUCAGAUCCCUUUAAACUGAAUGAUCCAUUUCAGCCUUUCCCAGGCAGUGAUAGCCCCAAAGACAAAGAUCCUGAUAUGUUUUGCGAUCCAUUUACUUCUACUACUACCAGUAAAGAGGCUGACCCAAGCAAUUUUGCUAACUUCAGUGCUUAUCCCUCUGAAGAAGAUAUGAUUGAAUGGGCCAAGAGGGAAAGUGAGAGAGAGGAAGAACAGCGGCUUGCCCGACUGAGUCAGCAAGAACAGGAAGACUUAGAACUGGCUAUUGCACUUAGCAAAUCUGAAAUAUCAGAAGCAUGAAGAAUUCGCCUAUCCUUCGUCAACCACACAAUACUCUUCUUCAAUAUUGAAGCUAUUUACAGUGUGUUUCAAAACUACCUAUCAGCAUGGGAAUACAAUGGUCUGUGAUUCCUGUAAAUGUGACAGAAGUUUGUUGGGUGAUGUUUUGGGUUUGUUUGUUUGUUUUGGGGGGUGUUUUUUGUUUGCUUUAUUCCAUUUCAGAUAUUUUUUUCUCCUUAAAAGCAGUAACAUAGUCGGACACCAGUUCUGGUGUACAUUUACUGUGAGCUUUUGCUUGCCUAUGCUACUUUAAUUUGUAAAGCUAGAGCACACACAUUUCUGCCUUCUGGAAAAUAGAAAAAUAGUUCCACCCCUAUGCUACCUUUGUCUGUAGUUACUCUGAUGUUAGCUAGUGGGGGGGUCUCCUAAAGUUUGAAGUAUUUUCUCCCAUGACUUGAAUAGUUAAGGGAGAGAAGAACAUCCUAUAUUUCUGAUAAUAGUGCAAAUUGGCUAGUUUAAAGUGCAUGUUUAUAUUUCCUUAUAAUAAAAAUUCUAUUCAAUAUGCUUUUAGACAUGAAAAAAUAUUUCACAUUAAAUUGACUCCACUAUUAAAAGGGGAUGUAGGUUGGACUGUUACAUAUCCAGACUCAACCUUUUCCUAAAUAAUAUAUUAAAGCCUCAUGAUGGGAAGUAUAUUUAAAUAUUUUCUAGAUUUAAAGAUAAGUAGAUUCCUCUCCAUAAUUUCAAGUGCUAGACUGGAAACAUUUAUCACCUAAAAUACAACCAUCAGUAAUAAGGUAAGCAAAUAUCAUAUCCUGGCGGCCAUUCUGCCUGUGCUAUGAUGCUGCCCUCUUCAGUUCAUGGUAGGUUUGUUUUUGUAUUUUUGUAGAAGAAACGUGAGCAAGAUAGAACUGGAAGGUACUUUAAUUUUUAUGUAUAAUAUAUAUAGUUUGCUUUAAUGAGGCUUAAUUACUUGAAAUACAGUAACUUUCACUGAAUUCAAAUGAAAAAAGUGACAUGUAUUAAAUAUAUCAUAUUUUUGCUUCUUGCCCAUAUUUAUGAUUUAAAGUAAUUUAACUUCAUAGUUUUCAUCUAUAAAAUUGGCAAGAUAGCAACAACAAAAAAAAUCUUUUUUUUUAAUUGGGAGAGAAAAUACCUGCCAAAUUAUCAGAGCUCUUCUUUUAUAAAAGGUCUGUAUCCUGUAAAACUGACCCACCAGACAAGCUGAAUUUGAAAUAGACUGUGAAGUAGGCUGUAAAUUGUAAUCUUAAUAUUUUAAACAACAGUUACUGACUUAAAUACUGUCUCGAAUACCAAGACAAAAUUUCACCUAACAACUAAUUUAAAGCAUCUGUGGUCACUAAGCUAAGGUGGUUUGAUCUGUGUUAAUCAGAGUAACUUAUUGCCUCUGAAUAAAUUCCAAAAAUAUUCAGUUAACUUCAUCUUGAAAUGGUGCUUUUUUCUCUCCAAAUACAGUUGGAAAGCUGCUGUUAAAACAACCUGAAGCCACUUUCUUGCACUGCUAACAAUUUUCUACUUUUAUAAAUGGAAAUAUUUCAGCACAAGAAUCAGACUUAUGAAGCAAGGGCUGAAUACAUAAUCACAAGGCUUUCCUAUUUAUAAACUAAUCUGGUCACCUAAGGUUAUUCUGAGAUGCUGAUGAAGAAGGGAGUGUUAGUGGGGCUUGAGUAAUAGUAUAGCAAGUUGGGCAUUUGUCUUGCACGCUGCUGAUCCAGGUUCAAUCCCCAGCAUCCUUAUGGUCCCCAGCCCAUCAGGUAUGAUCCCUGAGGGCAGAGUCAAGAAUAAGUCCAAGCACUGCCAGAGGUGACCCCCCCCAAAAAAAAAAAGAAGAAGAAGAAGAAGACGGUGGUGUUGAAAGUUGUGAUUAGAAUAGUGGUUUGGGGUUUUUCUUUCCCUACAAGUCAGUAUAAAAAUGUAAGUUAACUUGAACAACCUUCUUUUGCACUGGGAAAAUGAACAGAUGUUUGAAAAGCUUUUAAAAUAUUUUUUUUAAUUAAAUACACUCUGAAAAAUAUUAAAUAACUGUAACUUAUAAGCUCCAACUUUUAAUGUAAUAAGUGUACCCUAAUCUUAUGUAUGUUUAACUGGAUUAAAUAGAUGAUUAUCUUUUGUUAAAAUAUGUAUACUCAGUGGACCAAUAUAAUAUUAAAAAUGUAUAUAUUAUAUAAAUAUAUCUCCAUGCAUACUUGUGUAGGAUGAGUGUCUUAGAGUCGUUUGUGAUUAUAUUUUACAGCGUUGAUUGUCACCAACACAUGUGUUUGAAAAGGACAAAUAAGUAUUUCUGAAAGCUAAUGGCACUACUUAGAGUUAAACCAUCUGCUGUGUACUUGUUCAGAUUUAUUUGGGCUCUCUAUAGAAAUUUCUCUUAUGUUUCAGCCUUCUAAAUUGUAGAAUGUAAUUAUGAGAAUAAACUUUAAGUAAUAAAGUAUAUUACCCUAUAAAGCA